GAGCCUGACCGACAGCCCGGUCCUGCGCCCACGGCUCUUCUGGAUGGCGGCCGCGGAGGCGCACGCCGCCCAGGCCGCGUUCCGCCCGGUGCCGCCGCCGGCUGCGCUACCAGCAUGUCUCCUUGGAGCAGAGCGCAGGCACUUAGAGGAACGGAGCGCCCGGGAGAUGGGCGCAGCUGUGCGGCCGGCCGAGGGCCUGGCCCGUGCAGCUCUCCACGGACCACCAGCUUACCGAGCUCUUCCACCGCGAGGACCCUGCUAGACCCCCGGUUCAAGGGCAGGCUCGAGACCAUCCUCCCCGAGGGGGCGAACACGGACCACUGGAAGCAGGCUCUCGUGUACAAGGGACCUGCCGGCCCUCGAGUGAGGGUGUAGGAGACGUGUCCAACCCUGGCCCAGGCCGAGUGGAGGAGGCAACCCGUGGGGUGAGCAGCCCGCUGACCGCCAGCGGCACCUACAUCGCAGCUGCCUCACCCCCGGCCCCCCAGACCCACUUGGUCUCAUGGAGCCUCGGGGCGAGAAGUCGGGAGAGGCUGAGGGGGUGCACGUGACGCCCCAGCUGCUCAAGGCGCGCUCGGGCGAGUUUGCCCUGGAGUCCAUCUUGCUGCUCAAGCUGCGGGGCCUGGGACUGGUGGGCCUGGGCUGCCUGGGGGACUGCCUGGGCCUCGAGUGGCUAGACCUGUCGGGCAACGCGCUCACCCAGCUGGGACCGCUGGCCUCCCUGCGGCAGCUGGCCGUGCUCAACGUGGCCGACAACCGGCUGACGAGCCUGGAGCCCCUGGCCGCUUGCGAGAACCUGCAGCGUCUUAAUGCCGCGGGCAACCUGCUGGCUGGGCCCGCACAGCUGCAGUGCCUGGCGGGGCUACAGGGUCUGGAGCGCCUGCGGCUCCGAGACCCGUUGGCACGGCUCAGCAACCCGCUGUGCACCAGCCCCUGCUACUGGGCCUCAGUGCGCGAGCUGCUGCCCGGCCUGAAAGUCCUCGAUGGCGAGCGCGUGAGUGGGCGCGGCAGCGACUUCUACCAGCUGUGCCGGGACCUCGACAGCUCCUUGAGCCCUGACCCUGGCGACCCUGGCCCCCAGCCUGCGGAGGCCCAGCCCUGGGUGCAGCCUGGCUACUGGGAGGCCUGGCCCCCGCGCAGCAGCUCCAUCCUGGAGGAGGCCUGCCGCCAGUUCCAGGACACACUGCAGGAGUGCCACGACCUGGACCGCCAGGCCCGGGACAGCCUGGCCCAGGCCGCGCGAGCGCUCAGCCCCGCGGGCGCCGCUGCCACCUCCUUCGUCUUCUGAAGGCGCCCUGGGGCGCUCGGUGACCUCCCUGCUUGUCUGGACGGUUUUGUCCCGCUGCUUGGUGCCCUUCCAGGAAAACUCCCCACGCGUCCAUCAGAGUCCUACCUCCCUUGGGGCCCUCCCCAAGCAGCCGGCUCAGCCUGAGGCUGUCCUGCCACCACCUAGCAGAGCGCCUGGGAGGAGGUCCCUGGCCCCUUCUGCGGCUACAGCUGUUGCCUGUCCUGGCUCCAUGAGCCUGAGGCUUGGAGGAAGAAAGCGGCUUGGUCCUAAGGCUGCACCUGGGUGAGGCGGGGAAGGCCAGCCUCCUGCCCUGCCCGCUCUGGGAGAGGCUGUGGCUGAGCUCGCCAGCGGCAGCUGGCCGUGGAAGCUGCAUUUACCCACCUCCCUGGUUCUCCUGCUGUGUCCCUCACUCCUGGGUCUCCCUGGAACCUCCACUGUCCCCAUUCCCACCCAUGCUCAUCCCUAUUAAAUUGUUUUA